UAAAGCUUAAAACACCUAUUGUAGACCAGAACUUAAACUGAGUCUGCAAUGAGAAUUUAAGCUCUAAACCUUAAAAAAUUGCUAGUCACAAUUGAAUAUUUCCUCACAUUCAGCUGUGAUUGGUCAAUUUUUUAAAGCUUACGCCGUAAAUUCUCAAUGUAGAUCCCGCUUAAAAUAGGUGCUCAGUAUCGUCAAAAUCGACACGUGGUAUAUCGAGAGUGGACGCGCGGCCGAUUAGCAGCCACAUCUGUGAUCAGUUUUGCGCAAAUGGCCUGUCGACGUUGAAACCUGUCUGAGAUCGCGUAACAGCGCGACAGCAGUUGACACGUUUCUCUUUUUUCUUCUGUAUCGUUUUAGACAGUGAUCGACGGUGAACUCCUGCCAAAAUGGUCCUUCUGACGAUGAUCGCGAGGAUAUCUGAUGGUCUCCCGCUGGCAGCCACCAUGCAGGAGAACGAACAGAGUGGCAGAAGUAUCUUGGAGUAUCAGAAUCAAGCGAAGAUGUUAUUCAGGAAGCUAGCUCCGCAAUCUCCAACAAGAUGUACCUUAGAAACUGGACCAUAUCUUUUUCACUACUUAAUUGAAAACGGAGUCUGUUACCUGGUAUUAUGUGAGAGGAAUUAUAGUACACGCAUAGCUUAUAGUUAUCUGGAAGAUAUUGCGCAGGAAUUUCAUGCACAGUAUGGCAAACGUGUAAAUACAGUAACCAGGCCUUAUACUUUUAUUGAAUUUGAUACAUAUAUCCAGAAAGCCAAAAAAGUCUUCUCAGACAGUAGGUCCCGCAGGAAUCUGAACACACUUAAUAGCCAACUGCAGGAUGUGCAAAGAAUUAUGGUACAAAAUAUCGAUGACGUCUUACAAAGGGGUACUGUACUUUCAGAACUGGAUACAAAAACACAAAAUCUAUCUAUGCUGUCUCAGAAAUACAAGAAAGACGCGAGACAUCUAAAUAGCAAAUCAAUGUAUGUUAAAGCUGUCGCGGGGCUCAUUGCAUUUCUGGUCUUCCUUUUAUAUUUCUUUAUUCUUUAGUUAAUUAACUCAAGUGAAAACAAAAUCAAUUAUGCAUCAAGAGUAUUCCAUUUUCAAGGACAGAAUAUAUUUCGCUUAUUUAUCUUGGCUAUAAUUAUGAAAUAUUUAUCAUUUUAAUGUUUGUCUACAUUGAUUUGUGGGAGAAAAAGUGAAGUGAAAAUUUCUACCCUUACAUUUAAAAACAGAAAUUUUAGGAAUUCUACCAAUGUAUCUAAAACGUGAUCUAUACCGAAACUAUAUGAAAUAUGGUAUGUAAUUUUAGUAAAAACAUUCAACCCUUUUUUUAACGCUGUACAAUGACACUAAAUCCAACAAGUCUUGUUAUAUAAUAUAGGAAUGAAUAGAUAUACGAUUUUACGUUUUGGUUUUGUUGAGUCGUUUUAGUGUUCUUAUAACAAAAAGACAAAACGAUAUUAUAAUGUAAGAAUUUUUGAAAUGUACUGUAUAGCGAAUUAUUUGUGUAAUAUAUACGUUUAUUUUUGUAAUUUACUUAGGAUAUUAAAUUGCUAUCAAACCAUUGAUUUUGAUAAACUAUUCAAAUGCUAAAAAGAAAAAAAAUAUACCAAUUCUCGCCAAAAGAGAAAAUUUAACGUAGUAUUUCAUUCAUUCCUACAUAUUUAUUCAAGUCACACAGCAUAUAUACAUAUAUAUAUAUAUAUAUAUAUAU